UUGUGGAACAAAAAUGGCGAAUAAAUUGCGAGAAAGAAAGGAAGGUGGAUAAUACAUCUGAGUGAAGUCACAAAUCGACACCAAAAUGGCACAUUUUGGAAAAGAUGUCGACAAUUUUAGUGCCACAAGAACGAUUAGGAUAGUGGGAGUGGAAACGAAUGAUAAGUUCACGACCUAUAUCAUCGAGAUUGCUGUUGGACACUAUGUAUGGCGAGUAAAACAUCGGUACAAUGAUUUCCAUGAUCUUCAUAAUCAGCUGGUUUAUUCAUGUAAAGUUGACAAGUGUCUUCUUCCUCCUAAGAAAAUGUUUGGGAAUCAGAGUGACACGUUUAUAAAGAAGCGACAGUCGGACCUGGAGGCGUACCUACAAACCAUGCUGUACUAUCUCGCACACAAAGUCCCACCCGUCUUAGCCAGUUUCCUACAGUUUGAUAAAUAUGAAAUUCACGGUAUUACACAAUGCAUGGCUGAAGAGCUAUACAACAGAGGUGACAUCCUCCUGCAGUCCCGAGACCCCUACGUGGUGACCCCCCUACAGCUUUACUCCCUGACCGAGAGGCUCAAGCUUCCAGAACCCACAUGUGAGAGUGGUGAUGUUAAGAAAGACAUAGGGCACAUCUUGGACUUCAUCACCAGAGUAAAAUGUUUAAAGGUGGCUGGAAGUCGUGAGAGAGUCGGAACAAGUAAUAUAGACAUGACACAACUCAAGUUUGACCUGUCCUUGUUCAAGUCUCUACAAUGUCUAGAGUCAGAGUGCUGUCAUGUGUCCAACAUAUUGGGAAUUGAAACUGUGAAAGAAACUCUAGAAAAAGUCAGCAUCCAGCAGGGGCUGACCAAUAUCAGGGACCUGGUAUUAAAUGGCCUAACUCAGUGGAAGUCUGAGGAUGGAACGGUGCUGGUCACUCAGUGGGAGAACCUGGUGGAGGCGGACUUCAGUCGGAACUCCAUCAGAGAGAUAGAUGAUAGUGUGCAACUGAUCCCGAGAGUGGAGGUUCUGGACCUGAGUCACAACCGACUAACUGGUGUACAGCACCUGAACUGGCUGAGUCAGCUCACACAGCUGGACCUGUCCAACAACGAGAUCAAAGACCUGGAGAAUCUACACACCAAGAUAGGCAACCUCAAAAUACUCAACCUGGCCGGAAACAAGAUGGACAGUCUCAAAGGUUUAUCAAAACUGUUUUCCCUGGAAACUCUAGAUGUUAGGAACAACAAUUUAGCACAGGUAGAAGAGGUGCAGUAUGUGUGUUGUCUCCCCUGUAUAGAGAACCUCUACCUCGAGGGAAACCCUGUGAACCAAGUUCUAGACUACCGAACAAAGAUACUGGAACAGUGUGGAGACAGGGUCCUUGAGGUUAGCCUGGAUGACUUGAAGCCGUCUCAGAAGGAACUUGACACUGUAGCCGUGUUACAAGCCAUCAGAAAGUCCAAAGAAAACAAGGUCAAGAUACAGUCUGGGACCAGGAAGCUUUCAGCUAGUGAGCUUCAGUCCAGUGGAUCUCGACAUUCAAGCCUGUCUGGUAGUGAAGGGAAAAUGUCCUCACGUCAAGAGUUAGGUUGGAGUACACAUGGAUCUUUUAGUGCCACGCCCUCUGUGUCGGAAGGAGAAUCGUCACUAAAAGCGAACUCCUCAAAUUCAUCACGAACAGCAUCUAAUGCAAGUCAAAUGGAGGACCCUACCCACGAUUCCAGUAGAACCAGUUUUUCAGGCAGUGAAGGGGAACAUAAGGGGGAACAACGACCUCGAUACCGGACACUGUCCCAAGAUGACCCCCCACACACCCACACCAUCGCCAUCAGCUCCCUCCCCACCCAUCAGGACCCACAGUUCAUGUCCUGGUUACAGGAGAGACUGUUUGGUAAAGACACUGAACCUGGUGCUAUUGUAGAACAAGUUGUGAAUGUAUUGUGGUGUGGUGUCAUUCAGUUCACUCGUCAAGAGCUGAUGGUGCCCUGCUGUGCUGUGUUGUCAAAGAGAAGAAUCUUCAUCCUCAGGCUGAAGCCUGGAGAGAGUGGGUACCCAGGUGUACCAGAACUAGAGACAUUUUACAUAUUGCCUCUAUGUAAUGUACAAGAGGUUGUGAUUGGCCCAUGUUAUAGCUAUAUCAGACUUGAGGAAUCAUUUGUUGGGGCCAGUGGUACAUUUACUCUUGUUGUUAGCGACCCUGAUGAUGGUAAAUCUUUCUCACACAGCAUCGUAACAGCUUACAGUUCUGGGGAUCUGGGACCAUUAAAUCUUGCAAACUUUUCACAAAACUCUGACUUAGCUUCUCAUAUUUUUUCCUUGGAGGAUUUGGAGGGCCUGUGCACUGGUAGAAUAGCUUACAGCAUGCUUGUCACUAUAGCAGGAGUGGAGCAAUCCAGUCUUCUCAUCUUGUCUGAAAACAAGGUUUAUCUCGUUCAUAUUGAUUGUCUAUUCUGGCCUAGGCCUUCUUUCCUCAGUGUGUUGGAAGAUAUCAAAAAUCCAAACUUCACAUUCCUUCAAAACCAUUCCAUCACAACUAAAAUGAGUGACAUUAAAAUGAACGUGAAACUGAAGCUUUCCUCCAGAUCCAAAAAGACUGUUGACACAAGCUCAUUGCAGUUUGAAAAAUAUGGCUUAUCUAUUAUCUUCCAUGAACUUGUGGGACCUGUGGGUAUGCACUUGUAUUUCUUUUCAACAAAAGCAAGAGAUGGUUUCUUAGAUAGGCUGACCAACUUGAGAUCUGAGCAUGCCCAUAGGCUAUCCCCGACCAUUCGAGAGGAACCUGAGGGGGGAAACGAGUCCUCUGAUAGCCUUGAUAACUCAACUGCCAGCCAAACAGUACCUACCCCCGCAAGUGGACCCCAAAUUAAGGUUGAACCAGAAGAAGACAAAGCUGUAAUGGCCGAAGAAGACACAGUCACUGCUGCAGAUGCCAUUGAAAAGGAAUUUCUAGAAAAAGCUAUGACAGAGGGAAACGGAUCAGCUCCCAAAAGCCGAUCUGUUACCAUCUCAGAACUGAGGCUUAAUGUAGCCCCUGCAGAUGUAAAAGAAACAGAACCACCGGAGAUUGAUUAUCUUACGGAUGAACUCUGUAGCCAACUCACGAAAUCAAUUCAAAGUUAUCAGCUUGCAAAGAAAAUUCCAUCUAAACUGAAAGUUCUUAAGAACAUGACCGGGAAAGAGUUGGCGCAGUAUUUUCAUUCUGACAUUGCAAUGAUUGGAGUCGACUACGAACAGCUCCACUUUGUAUUGUGGUCUGUGGUCAUCCCUUAUGAUCGCCCACACUGUGAGAUCAUUUCCUGUGUGAUGCUAAGCACCAAAGCAGUAUACUUUGUGUCAAACCAGCUGGUAAAGUCUCCCAUGAAAGAAAGACAGUCCUGGAUGACCCACACCCGCCACAAGUCGGACUCCAUUGUGAUUGGUCAGCAGCCUGUCCAAACGGAUCGUCAUCAUACCUCGGGAAUCAUACACAGUAGUCAGCACGGCACCAUCAUCCGACCUUACCAUAUUCUGCAGUACUCAGAUCUGCAUCAGGUCAACGUGGGGCUGUUUGAUCAGUGUAUCAGGCUGACUGGGCGUGAUAGACACACCGUGAACACGCUGGUUACACGUGAUAGCGCUGUCACAGAGAGGUUUGUCAAUCAGCUCACCACAAUGCUUUCUAUUUUCACCUCUUCUCCAAUGCUGGAGAGCAGUGCGUCGGACCUUGAACAAGAUUUCUACAGGGCAUUUGAGAGAAGAACAAAAACGGUGGUGGACGGAAUGGAGUAUGUACAUCCCAGUAAAGUCCAGUUCAUCUAUCCCGGGGAGGAUGUGAUGUCUGAUCUACUGUUCAUAAUCACUGAACAUCUCCAUCUUCCCACAUCGGCCAAACGUAAGGCGGACAUUCUGAUGUAUUUCAUUGGCUACGUGGCCACAGAGGAACACCAUGUGGGAUCUGUUGACCACGUGAAGUCCCGCAACAUGGUUCUGACCAAUCAGUAUCUCUGUUUCAUAGUGGAGGACUUGAUCAACUACCCUAUUCCAGAUUUUGCACGAGGGCUCCCGAAUUCUCCCAGAUACAAGGUCACAGAGAUCAAAAAGAUUAGCCAUCUAAAGCGUGUACUUAUGUUUAAAGACAACGAGCACAAACUAAGCUUGAUAUUUUCCGAUGAACCAGACGAGAUUAACGUUGAUACGUCAUCGGACCAUUUCAGUGUUGAAAAUGAUUCUAGCGGUCGACAGUCACCGCCUGAGGUGGAGUCCACGAUCCUCAUCCAGAGCCCCAGAGAUAUGAACAAGUUUAUGUUACUUCUGAAAAACCAGUGGCGGGAGGUCCAAGAUGGCGAGGAGCUGGAGGUUCACGUUCUCUGACGUAAUCACCCGCCAUUUAUAUUAUUCUUAGUCGAGUUCACGAUUUGUGCAAUAUUUGUUGAUAACUUUUGUGAUAAUAUUUGUUUUCGUUUGUAUAAAUCACCAAAAAAGGUUGCCAAAUGUAUGUUUCUUAAACUAAUGAGUCGUAGCGUGAAAGCUCGGCGUUCAUGUUUUGAUGUGUGCAAUGAAAGUUGUUUGUUACCAUGUAACGUUAGAAAUCAUGUUUAUUAAAUUUGAUAUUCAAUGAU